AUGGCUGCGGCCGACUCUGAUGCCUCGGUUGGGGGUAGCCAUGGAUACAACGUUGUUGCCCGAGAUCACACACAUGAACGAAGGUUGGACGGCAUCACCGAUGAUGGCUACUCGAACCCUCUUUGGGAACAUUAUCAGCACUCUCAACACAAGAAACACUCCGCUGAUUGGCAUGGAGGAGGUUCUUCACGGAAAGGUCAUGGGAAGGGAAAGCAUCCCCAGCAGGAUGGUGGUCGACGCUCAUCUGGUGGAUCGCCCGGGAAUUGGAAAAAAGGAAGAGGUCGUGGUGGAGGAAGUAGUCAUUAUAAAACGUACACACCGAAUGUUGGGACUGGCAUGCUUAAUCGUGAGAAUAUCCCUGUCACGGACGAGGAAUGGGGAGAAGGGGCACUCAUACUUACCCAGGAGAGCCCAGCAGCACCGGCGGAGGGUGCGGAGAAAUCCAAGCUUUCUAAGGUUUCACACCAUGCCCCGGCACCACAGGAAGACGUCGAUCCCGAAGUACUGCGUGCUACCCUUGAAGCGUUGACAUUGGGAGGAUCGGUUGCGCAUGGGGGUUCUGUUCCUGAAGAUGACGCUUCAAAUACUGAUGCGGUUGAGGAUACAACCGAUGGACCACGACUGCGUGUGGAUAAAGAAGCAGCGAUGCGUAUCAUUUGUCAUUAUGCUGGUCUAAGGAGGCCUCGAUGCAUCCCCUCUGAGAGAACUAUGAGAUCGGCCUUCCCGAUUCAUCGAGGGCUCCCCUUCCGAAGUAUUUACCGUAAAGCAAGGAGACUAGGCAAGGGUAGCUAUGGCGAAGUAUAUCUAGCGGAGGAAGUCGGUAUUAAAGGGCGCUUGGUAGCAGUCAAAGACUGCCAAGUUGAUGAAGCUGUCCAGUCUGAUAAGGCGACCAGGAGCUACACUACGGAGAUAGCUGCACUUUCGGCCUUACCAUCACAUCCAAGAAUUAUACGGGUUUUUGAAGUGUUCGAGAUGAGACGGAUUGUAUCACAUUGUUAUGAAGCAUGCUGGGCGCGAACUCUACGAUCACAUAGUACACACUGCACGGGAGAAUCCGACACU